AUGCAGGCUCACACACUUGCGCGCGAGACGGGUGACUUGAGCUCCGCCGACUACGGCCGCGCCGUCACCUCAACUCUAAUCAAAUCGUUCGCCGCCGCACCACAGUUCCGAUUUAACGGCGAAAUAUCAACCGCAGCCAAUGCCGCACACCUGGCUAAUCGACCUCACUCCAUAAAGGCACAUGGAGCCGGUGUUAGUGCACUGGCAAUAGAAAAGUUUGAUGGGCGAAUUCUCAUUUCUGGCGGUGCUGAGGGUAACCUCAAAAUCUGGGACUUGGAAGAGUCAUCCAAUCCUCAUACCCUUCACACUUUCAAACCAAUAGGCACCAUCGCAAGAUCAUCAGGCGACGGUCGAUCCAAGGGUCAUAGCCAUGGAAUUACACAUCUGGGAUUUUUCCCAUUCGAUGCGCAGGCCUUCCUAUCAAGCUCCUUCGACAAGACGCUCAAGAUAUGGUCAACUGAACGUGCGUCGUUGUCAGCCGAAUUCCAUCUCAAUGCUACAGUAUACUCUCACGCAACCAGCCCAAUUGCUGGUCACCUACUAGUUUCAUGCGCGACGCAGCACUCCAAUGUUCGCCUAGUUGACUUGAAGUCCGGAUCGGCGGUGCAAGCACUGGUUGCUCAUGGUGGUCCAGUUCUCUGCACAGCCUGGAGCCCAAGGCACGAGCACAUACUUGCCAGCGGCCAUGCUGAUGGCCGAGUACGCAUAUGGGAUAUUCGCCGAGCGGGUGGCGUAGUCACGCAGCUGGACCAGGAGGAUUCCCUUGGAGUGAUACAUCGCUUUCGUAUGGCAUCAGCGAAUGGUAUGGACUGGCAGAGCAGCUCUCGGUUUCGUACCUCCGCACAGGCUCAUGACGAGGCUGUCAACGGGCUGCAGUGGAGUGAUGAUGGAAGAUACAUUAUAUCAGCGGGCCUUGAUAGGAGAAUCCGCGUCUGGGAUGUUGAUACUGGUGCAAACACGCUCGCGAGUUUUGGAUCCAUCAUUCAGAACCAACACGCCAAGACUUCGACAAUCAUCACACCGCCAUCAAACAACUUCUCUUCAGAAGAUGUUAUGAUAUGGGCAAAUGAACAGGAAAUUUUGUUUCUAAAUCUACACCAGGGGACUGUCAUUACCAGACUACGUAGUCCUGGUAUCAGUAAUCCGGUUGGGGCGCGCGGUAGUGAGCUCGGCAGAAAUCGUAUUACUGACAUAGCAUGGAGAAGUUGUGGAGGUGAUAAUAGAGUAAAUGGUACCGUUAUGGGAGGCGGCAAUUCUGUGGGAGCAUUGUACAGCGCGCAUAUGGAUGGUCAGAUUAGAGCUUGGGCACCUCAAAUACCUGGACCCGAAGACUAUGAUGAACAAGAAGAUCUGAAUGAAGAUGAGGAUGCAAAGAGGAAAAAGAGAAAGGCUAUUGAUGACGCCUACAAGAGUCUUAUGGGCAAGGCAAUUACAUUUAACUAG